UUCGCUCCCGUCGGCGGUCUUCGGUCAGAGCGCGGAGUACGUCGCGUCCCUCGCAUCGUCCGGUUGUACUUUUGUUCGGUGUCGGCCCACGAGCGACCCGGAACCGUGCCGGCUUCGAAGGGAGCCACAGGUUCCGGACCCGGAGUCGGCCCGCUGCGCGACCUCGGCGGCGUCUCCGCCCGCGACGACGUGUGAGCCCCAAGACCGGCCGAGCGAGGAAUUACUUCCCUGCGGCCAACAUGUCGGCCGAUAACCACGCCAAGCCCGACGACGACAAGGGCGAGCCGCACGAGAACGACAAGUGCAUGGACGACGGGCACCAGCGGCGGCCCAACGAGGGCAUGUCGAAGCUGCGUGCCCAGGUCACCUCGGCGGUGGCCAACAUUCCGUCGCUGGUGAUCGUGCUGCUGUGCGUGCUCCUGCUCGUCUUCUUCGUCAUCAUCAUCGCCCUGGCCGUACAGGUCCACUCGUCCGGCUCCUCGGAGCCGCCGCGCUGCCUGACCGCGACCUGCCUCGCGACCGCUGCCGGAGUGCUCGGCUCGCUGGACGCGCGCGCCGACCCCUGCGUCGAGCCGUACGCCCUGGCGUGCGACGGCGCGCCUAGCCCGCUGGCGGGUCACCGGAGUCGGCUGGACGCCCAGGCCCGGCUACGGCACAGCGUUCACCACCGACUGCGCCACUUGGUCGACCUGGUGCCGCCGCAAGCGCCCGAGAGGUCGGCGGCGUCCAAAGUGAAGCGCUUCUACGAGACGUGCAUGGAGCCUCGCGGUCUGACGCCCAACGCGCUGGCCGUGUUCGUGCACAUGGCGCGGCAGGCCGGCGGCUGGGACCUGAUCCGCACGUCGGCCUGGUCCAUGCAGAGCUGGGACAGAGACACGACGCUCGAGAAGCUCAUCGUGGACCUCGGCGUGACGCCCUUCUUCAGGAUUACCGUCGCCUCGCCAGACGUGAGCGUCAUCCGCAUAGAGCCUGCUGGCUUCGCAUUCCCGUCGUACGAGUACUACGCGGAUGGUGCUCCGAAGCACCAAAAAGAGCUUUUACAAGCCUACAGGCAGCUGAUUGAGAAAGUGACGGAUCACCUACGGGACGACCCUGCCUCCCGUACCAAUUCCGCCAUUGCCGACGUCAUCAUCAACUACGAGAGGCGGCUUCUCGAGAGGCUGCGACCGCUGGGCAACCUGACGGAGCCCUACAGGAAAACCAAUGUGGCAGGGCUCAAGGGACUUGUGCCCAUCGUAAAGUGGGACCAGCUGCUGACGGCCUUCUUCCAGGGCCAAUCCAUCACCAAUGAGACGCCCGUGUUCCUCUCGCAGCCCCACUACUUCCAGGGCCUCAGCCAGAUCAUCUCCACCACCGACACCACCACCCUGAACCACUACAUCAUGUGGCGGAUGGCGAUGAAGUACGCUCCCCAUCUAGACAAGCAAGUGCGGUCCCUUUACGACAGGUUCAUGCAGACCAUCAACGGGGCCCCCGACGUGGACGUCCCCGAAGAGGAGUGGUGGGAGCAGUGUGCCAGGCACACGAGCCACUACCUGGGACACGCAGUGGGCAAGCUGUACUCGGACACCCUGGAGGGGAAGGAACUCCUUGUGCAGCAGGCUCGCGAGAUUGCGGAGCAGGUACGGCAGUCUGCCAGCGAACGCAUCAACUCCGUGGCGUGGAUCCGCAUGAAGCAACCACUCAAGGACAAGAUCAAAGACGUCCAGUUCCAGCUGGGAUACUCGAAAGAACUCACGGACAAGAAGCUCGACGACUACUACCUCAAUCUGAUUGUGAAGCUGGGUUCCCAUCUGGACAACGUGUUUGAGGCGGAGAAGUUCCUGACGAUGAAGCAGGCUGCGCUUCUGAGGGGCCGGAGAGACAGCAAGCUAGAUGAAAUGUGGCCCAUCUCGCCGCAAGACACCGAAGCCAUCUAUCAGUACGAGAAGAACACCGUUGUGGUACCCCUGGCGGCAUUGCAGAAGCCCAUAUUCUCACUGGACCAACACAAAGCUCUCCAGUACGGAUCAUUUGGCAGCCUCGUGGGGAGUCUCAUGUUCAAGACCAUGGACAGGACAGGAAUGGACAUGGGAUCCCAGCCCGUGUUUUCAGACAAUACAACCCGCAACGAAUACCAGGCUAAGUUGCGCUGCCUGGCCGAAAGCUACCCGAGCCUGUCCAAGGAGAAGGACCUCAAAAUCAACGGACAGUUGACUGCCGGAGAAGCCCUGGCGGAUGUGGCCGGGCUCGUGGCAGCCUACCAGGUGAGUGGAUGGUCAGCCGGUUCGAUCGAAGCAGGCAUUCAGGGAGAAAGCAGAUGGCAUGGAGAGGCUGCCCGGUCUGGACUGGUCUCCAGAGCAGCUCUUCUUCAUUGGCUACGCUCAGUCCAUGUGCGAGAGCAUUCGAGAGGAGCGAGUGGUGAACUGGAACGUCACCAGCACUUCCGCACCCAACCGCCUCAGGGUGCUUCAGACGCUGCAGCAGGUCCCGGAGUUUGCAGCCGCCUUCCAGUGCAGCGCAGAAUCGGAAAUGCGGCGCAACAGGGAACCCUGUUAUGCCUGGUGAAGUCCGCCCCGGGGCAACGAGCGGCACCUCCACAGGGGUGACUCGAAACGCCGCGAUUGCAGCAGGGGGCAGCACGUGCGAACGCUUGUGCACCACUAAAAGGACCGUACGCUCAAUUGAUUCGGACAGUUCGUAGCCUCCACCGUGAUUCGAGUUUCGUCGAGCCGGACGAGACAUCUCCCUCAAAGAUCGUCCUCGCUCGGUGGAGUUCCAGAGGCUGGUCAGUGUCGUGCAACAAUGCCGGCUUCACGGGGAAAUGCCCACGUUGUGUGCCAGAUCAAAGGCAGCUCACUGUUGGGGAUGUUAAUGAUGGGUGGCAGAUGCGAUUGGUCUGUUAAUUUUAACGCAGUUUUUAGUGCCGAGCUACACGUUGAAACUAAUACAAAGCCUUCAGCAAGAAAUAAAGAGAUAGCAGGGGCACUUUGCUUCGGAGGUGCACCGGAGUUAGAGUGAACUUGCCACACGACCAGUCGUUAGCAAAUGGCUAUAAUGACGAUACCUAGAAUGUUGCUGCAUUCGAGUGAUGUGCUUUUUUUUUUAAACAAAUGUAAGUAUGAUUUUGUAAUGAUCGGGUGAUUGACUGUAUUUGAGUUGUUGCAAAAAAUUGUUGCAAGAAAGAAAGAGAUUUAUGAUGCCCGUAUAAAAGAGAGCCACAGGAAAAGAGCCUUUAAAAUGUGUCUUUUUUCUUUUUGUCGACAUUACUGCAUUCGAGACAGUUUUUUUCUUCGACGAGCAGCACGCCGCACUUCCCAUCUGAGGUUGGAGUGAGGCAACCCUCAAAGUUUCUAGGUUAGGAGCUACCCUAAUGAUGGAGCGGUGGACCCUGCAGCGGCAGCUCAAAGACUAACUAGCAGUGACUCGCUUCUGUGUAAACAGGAACAGAAAUGCAUUGUUGGGGGGGGGGGGGGGGGGGGUGCCGUGCCUCAUUUACGGAAACAGAAAUCCAGUCCCAAUUCAAAAUGGCAGGGUUUGUCCCCAUACUGAUCUCGAACGGCACGGCUAGAUUCUUCAGUAUUCCCGAAGGUUACCAUGAUCCUUGUUUUGGACGUGUGGAAGCCUCGCCCCUGCAGCUACAUUGUCGGCGUCUCCAUCUAAAAUUGCAGUGGUUGGAAAGUGUGAAAUGCCCGUCGUUUGUGGCAUCAGUCGUGUGGAUCUCUUUUCCAAAACCAGUCUUCCAAUCUCAGAAUUUGUUAUUUGAGGUAAGCGAGUUUAUGAAAGAACUUUGUGUUAAGAGAAAUUAGUUUUCUACACUGCCUUAUACGUAUACAUGUUUUGUGCAUUCCACUGGGACACGUUACCAAACAUGGGAACAUUUUUGUGAGUGUUUGUUAGCUUUCAGUCAAACUAGGCCACAGCAGUAGCCCGAAAUCACCAGGAAAGCUGCUUGUGUACAUCGUUUCCCCUGCACUGGAAGACCCGUUUCAACGCCUAGGGUCUCAUUGCGCCCAUUGGGAGACGCACAUUCUGUUUGAUGCUGUCUCAAAUUGGUUGCACGGAGGUACAGUCGGCACAACAAGAGAAUAGAACAAGUGAUUGACGGCUGAAGUGGUGAGAUCGUUGCAAGGAGCGCUCUGGUGUCGCGAACUUCCCGGGAGCAAGAGUGACUAGACCAUUUCUAUUUUUCGAUCUGGGGGGUACAUUGGCAGACGGUUAUCACUUGGCAAUUAUCUUUUUAUUCGAGGGCGAUUUUUUCUCGUUGGUCUGCAGGACAUGAAUAAGAAAACAUGGUAAAUUUUAUGCCGUACUCAGUUGUAUAUAUUGUAGUUGCCCUUACUGGAUGUUGAUUAAAAUUUUGUUGCAGUUUGCAAGCAUUUCUUCUUCUUUAACCAAUUUACAUGACAAUACAGGUUUGUUUGGGGAAAACUUUCUUCCUAGAAGGACGCUGUAAUAAAUCUUGGAACUGCGCUCGCUUGGCACCGUGUUUUGGUGAUAACAGAAGUCCCAUUACGAUGGCAUUGUGCAUUUCGGGUACUGGCAUCUGUCAGUCUUGUCAGUUGAGUGUCUUAGAAGCUGCCAGGGAAUAUAAAAUAUUAAUUAAAUACUACAAUGAAUCUAUAUGUUCCCAAGAAGCAAGCAAGCAUAACUCUCACGCCCAAGGUGCAGCACAUGCGGUUCAGAGGUGCUUCAGAAAGUGUUGAACCUUUCUGAGCCACAAAAAUUGGACAUGCUCGGCUUUUUCGCUCCUGGUGGGUUUGUAAAAUUGUAGCGCCACGCGUCACCCUUUCCCCGGACUCGCAAUCACUCCCUUGCACUAAUCUCUCUUUGUGCCGACUGUACCGGAAUCACUAAGCAAGAACUCGGACUUUCGUAACAUUGCAUGCGACGCUGCCUAGGAACGCACCUUGGCAAAGGGGAUGUGCAAGUUCUUCUUGCAAGCCAGCAACAAAAUAGAAGUGAAAAAACAUUAAUUGAAAUUUUUCUUUAAAUUUUCUUACGGUGGGUGUUUCAUCUGGAGUGUUGUCAUGAAACAGUCUCAAGUCUUCGUUCCAGUGGGCCUGCGCUUAAAAUCUUGAAAGUAGGGGACGGCAAAAACUGAGUAUGCCGCAGAUGCUCGAUUGUGUGUGCGUAGUGCAAUGCCAUUCGGGCUGGACCCUGGGUCUGUGUUCCUACGGAUACUCUGUCUGCAGCCAUGUUCUUUGUGCUUUUCGCUGGAGUAUGUAGGUGCGUCGAAGGCCCUGCCGUUUCUGAAUGCACCGGCUACAAUAGACUUUUCUAGCCCGCAGCUGUAGCAGGGCCUUUCAGUGUAUGUGAAAAUGACUCAGUGGGCAACUGUGGAAGUUGAGCACGAUACGUUUGAUGCAUGGGUCAGGUUGACUGCAAGCGGGAAAACCUGUACGGGGUGAAAGCAACACAAAGGAGCGAACGGGAAAGCAUUCAUUAAAAACAAAAAAUUGUGCAUGCUAACAUGGGAUGUAGAGUACGAUGUCAUCAGCUCAUGGGGAAAGGAAAUUGCGGAGCAUCUAAAAACCGGCCCAGGUAGAAGUGGUGACAAGCAGAACCAAUUAUAAUGGUUGCCAACACUAGCUUGCAUACUAAUAUGGCCAAUUCCACCUACAGGCUUAACGCUGAAUUUCAGAAUAAUAGUACAGUCUAUAAAUCAGUCAAGUUGCGUGCGACAGUUCUGCGAUAUUUCUUCUAUAGCCUCGUCAAACUCGAGCUUUUUGUCGAUAAAUGUGAAGAACUUUUACAGAGUGGCACCUUAGAAGUGCAGAUGUAGGCAGAAGGCCACUUCUUGCACAGAACCAUGCGUAACUUAGUUCUUCCUCAUCAGCAAGCCCGACAUGGUCUAGCGCAUUCUUUGUAAAAUACUAAGGUACCACUCACGGUUGCUAUGUAUUUACACACAACUUGGUUUGUCUGUUCGUUGUUUGCUUCUUUAGAAUGUGUCCAGUUCGGGUUGCAUUUUAUAGGUCGUUUCUGUUGGACGGUUUUGUGUUGGGUAGGAUCAAGGACAUAUUUUGUACAAAUGCAUUCCAACUUCAUCUCUCAUAAAACCAAUGUAUGCUUGUACGCCGAUGGAGAAUAAAAAAAAAUGACUUUUCGACUCGCA